AUGGCCACCACGGAUGCGGCAACGGAGAGAGCAGCAGUGGCGAAGUCGAUGGACGAGGGUGCGGAUGCACUGGGUGCAGUGAUUACGGAGGUGGAAGUAGAGGAUGACGUUUCUGUUGAGUUGUUUCUUGAAUACAUCCUUUGCGCACAUACACCUGUCCACAUAAUGCUCUCAGCACUCGUGUGGGGAGCAGAGAGGCAGAAUGAGGAGUGCAGAGAGGGAAAGAUUAUUGAUGGGCGCAGUAACUCCUCGCACAACAUUGACGUUCAGAGCAAAAGUCGGCUCGUUUGA